AUGGAAAUGGGGAAUGGAACAACUGUCCAGGAAUUCACCUUGUUUCCUCACAUCCAGCACCUGGGAAAGUUUCUCUUCCUGGUGCACCUGCUGACAUACCUGGCAUCCAUUGCAGGCAAUGCUGUCAUAGUCACCAUCAUCUGUGCUAAUUCCCGGCUCCAGACACCGAUGUACUUUUUCCUCAGCAUUUUCUCCUUCUUGGAGUGUUACUUCAUAAAUACUGUUAUUCCUAAGUUAUUGGUCAUCUUUCUUUCAGGUAAGCAAACCAUUUCUUUUCCUGCCUGUUUCAUACAAGCCUUUGUCUUUGUAUUUCUGGAAGCAGCAGGUUUCUUCCUCAUAGCAGUGAUGUCUCUGGAUUGGUAUGUGGCCAUUUGCAAGCCCCUGCAUUACCCGACCAUCAUGAACCUGAAGACUAGUUCCCUCCUGGUCACUGCCUGCUGUGCUUUGGGGUUCUCUCUAAUCACUGGUCUGGUAGUAAAGGUUUCCCAGUUAUCCUUCUGUGGUCCCCAUGUCAUCCCCCACUUUUUUUGUGACCUUGGCCCCCUGAUUCAUCUCUUCUGUUCUGACACCAAGUCUGUUGAAAUGUUGAUCUCUGUCCUUGCUUUGUUAAUCCUUUUGACAUCCCUUAUCAUAACCAUCAUUGACUAUAGCAACAUAGUAGUCACAAUCCUGAAACUCCCAUCAGCCAAGGAGAAAAAGAAAGCUUUCUCCACCGGCUCCUCUCACCUCAUAGUCCUCUCUCGAAUGUAUGGAAGCUGUGUCUUUUUUUUAUAA